UACACAAAUCUCAGAGUAGUUUGAAGAGCCAUGGAAGAGAUCAGGCAAAACAGAAGACCCCAUUGUUUAGUUUUGGUUUUUCCAACACAAGGACAUGUCAACCCUAUGCUUCAACUCUCAAAGCGUUUGAAUUAUAAAGGUGUGAGAGUCACACUCGUGGCCUCUCGCUUCCUUUGCAACACAUUACAAUUCAAAUCCACCUCCAUAGCUCUCGAGAGCAUCUCCGACGGCUUUGAUGAUGGCGGGAUCGCCACGGCCGGAAGCGACAAAGCCUACAUCGAUCGGUUCUGGGACGUCGGGCCAAAGACUUUUGAAGAACUCUUACAGAGACUCACAAGUUCAGGGAAUUCAAUUGACUGUGUUGUGUAUGAUUCGUUCAUUCCUUGGGCUCUUGAGGUGACCAAGAAGUUUGGGAUUAUGGGAGCAGUGUUCUUCACUCAAUCUUGUGCAGUGAACAGUAUAUAUUACCAUGUUUAUCAUGGAAAUUUGAAGAUUCCUGUGACUGAUGAUAAGUCUGAGAUUUUGCUUCCUGCGUUGCCUCCACUCGCUUUCUCUGACUUGCCAUCCUUCUUGAAUGUUUUGGGGCUUUAUCCAGGUUUCACGGACAUGGUUGUGAAUCAGUUCUCUAAUAUUGAGAAAGUAGAUUGGGUGCUUUGUAAUUCCUUCUAUGAGCUUGAGCCACAGGUGGCUGAUUGGCAAUCAAAAAUCUUCCCUCUAAAGACCAUAGGACCAACCAUACCAUCAAAGUUCUUAGACAGAAGAUUCAAAGAUGACAAUGCCUAUGGUUUCAGCUUUUACAAGGAAGAAGACGAAGCUUGCAUGAAAUGGUUAAACAACAAGCCAGCUGGGUCUGUCGUCUAUGUCUCAUUUGGCAGUUUAGUCGUUCUUGACAGUGAUCAAAUGGAGGAAAUAGCUUGGGGCUUGAAUGACAGUGGAAGUUACUUCUUAUGGGUAGUUAGAGAUCCAGAGAAACCUAAGCUUCCCAAGGACUUUUUGGACAUGUCACAGAACAAGCAGGGUUUGGUGGUCACAUGGUGUCCUCAACUACAAGUGUUAAAUCAUGAAGCUGUUGGUUGCUUUGUGACACACUGUGGAUGGAACUCAACAUUGGAAGCUGUGAGCUUAGGAGUUCCAAUGGUGGCGGUUCCACAGUGGACGGACCAACCAACAGAUGCAAAGUACAUAAAAGAUGUGUGGAAGAUGGGAGUGAAAGCUGAAGCUGAUGAGAAAGGAAUUGUGAGAAGAGAAAAACUGAAGAAAUGCAUACAGGAAGUGAUGCAGAGUGAAAGAGGGAAAGAGAUGAAGAGGAAUGCCAUCAAAUGGAAGACUCUUGCUGCUACGGCUUGUGAUGAAGGUGGAAGUACUGACAAGAAUAUUGAUGACUUUGUAGCAAGUUUUGCUCCUACUCUCAAUGGCGGAUCCAAGACUCGAUGUUAGUGGGGUAAUUAAAAGGGAAAGCUAUUAGAAUUGAAACUUAGUGGAGUCAAAAUAUUAAAACUAGUGAGAGUCAGGAAAGGUAAAUUUUAUAUGCUUUGCAUGUAAUUUUUGUAAAAAUGGGCGGGGGCAAGUGCCAAUGAGGUAGCAUGUCUUGCUGCUGCCUCUGCCAAAUGCCAAUUUGGUAGAAUAAAAAUAGUACUUCUUUUGAAUUUUAUUAUUAAAUUUUUAUAUCA